UUUUGCAGGGCAAAGAUAUUGAUCGGCGUAAAAAUACAGAUUUUUUUUCUUAUGAGAUUAUUUUUCAUAUACUUUUAUUUGUCGGUAGGCUACCUGUAUUUUUUUCACCAUGGUGCUAGGAAAGGUGAAGAGCUUCACCGUAAGCUACGACUGUCUCAAUGACAGCAAUGUCCCCGUUUUCGCAAGCGGGGACUCCGUCUCAGGGAGGGUGAUCAUCGAAGUCACCGGAGAAAUCCGUGUGAAAUCUCUUAAAAUUCACGCAAAAGGAUUUGCAAAAGUUCGUUGGACUGAAUCGCGAAAUGCUGGAUCCAACACUGCCUAUACGCAAAAUUACACUGAAGAAGUGGAAUAUCUAAACCAUAGAGACAUCCUAAUUGGACAUGAAAGAGGUAAGAAUAUACAACCUUCUUUGUAGCUAAAGAAAUCACUUUGUUCCUGAGAUGCUCUGUGUAGGCUAGUCAUGGUGGCUCUUGAGGUUUCAUACAGAGAAUGCUGUUAACCUAUACUACAGGCUCACAAUGAACACAGUUGAAUGUAUAACAGAGAAAGAUUUGGGGACGAUUUAUCUAGCUCACAACAAUACCUUUUUUAUUUUGUUUAAUACUGGCCAUACAGCCGUCUAUAACACAUUAUGUAGGCUAUGUCUUGAGACAUGUCAACUACAGUAUUCAAUGAAUUUUAAGAUUUAAGAUAUGGGAAUUUAUUUAAGCAUGAUACUUCAUAAUCAUGUAGGCAUAUUCGAGCAUAUAGGCUAAAGAGAGCCUACAAAAUUCUAAAGUCUAUCAAGUUGGCUGUCUGGGCUGCAGACUGAAUGACAGUAUUCUCUAUCCUUCAUUGCAGCCUAUAUAACAAUUAUAUGAAUUACAAUAUUUUCUAAAACACAGUACAUGAAGGUGCAUAGCAGUCUCCGUUUACAUAUGUGCAGUUUCAUAAAAAAUAGUUAUCGAGCAAUCAUGUAAAGUUUAACGUUGUAGUUUUUCUUAAGUUUCCACCAUUGUUCAAAGCGGUUCAAUCCUGUUCAGAAACUGGUUGUGUGGGGUGAAGGGACUUGGGUUCCUCUCCGUUGAUUGGCUGAAGUGCUCAUGUGUCUUCCAAUUACCUCAUGCUUUUGCAGAAAAUGACAGAAAAAAGUCUGCAACUUUGUAUCUGACCUGUCAGCACAAUGUUACAAAGUCGCAUGAAAAGAAAAAUUGCAUUCGUUCCAUUUAGCCUAUUCUAUUCUGCAUUUAUCUAGUGAUUAGUGAUAGCCUACUGUGUAUCCGAAUGAAUGAUGCAUAACAAGUCCUGCAAUUGACUAUGAACUAGAAGUUGGAAUAUAAUAAUCUGAAGCCAUAACAAUUUAGCCUAUUUGCGGAUAAUGAAUGUAGGCUACUACUUUUUGUUCACUGAAACUUGGUAGUCCUAGUUACUAGAACAGGGUUGUUAGCCUUUGCCUAGGGUAGUAGAUCUUUCAGCUGAUUAGAUAGAAAGGUCAGUCCGAUAAUUGAAGUAGUUUAAUUUAAUGUGGGGUGGGAAUUUAUGCCAUCAAGUAUUUUGUACAGUGUUGCCCAAGUUAUAACUUAGUUACCUGUUCCUUGUUUCUUGCUGUGAGUGAACGUUUCUUGAUGGUGAAAAUAAUGUAUUUGAUCUGUCUAUGAAUGGGGAAUAACAUAUGCAUGUUGCUAAUGUUUUCAUAUCAAUUGUUGAAUAGUUUAAGUUUCUUGAAAUGGUAAAAGCCUUCCUAUGUGUCUCUAUUGCAAUCAUGUAUGCAGUUAAGGGUAUCAGUGGCGCUUAAUAAAGGUUUAAGUAAUAUAAUUGCUUCUUUGUCUGUCCUCUUUUUCAAUAACGGUGUUUGUUUCUCUUUUCUGUCUGUUACAAUAUUUCUGACGUGUAAUAUUGAGUGGGUGAAAUCUCUCUGGUACAUGCUGCAGUACACGCGUCAGGUCUUGAGAGGGCUGUGCCUGAUAGUGAGCAAGUUCGGUUGAGCCACUGAUUGAAUGCCGCACACAGUGAAUGCGUUAUGAGAGAGCUGGCUUGGGGAAGCUGCUCGCUCCGGUUUAGGCUGGUCUUCUCCUGCUCCAGUCUGCUUUUGAGUGACAGUUCGGCAGUUGUUUACCACGACUCUGCCGCUGCUUAAGGCUGGGAGGGAGCGCUGACCUGGCAGAAACGGAGCUCCCGCUCCAUAACGCGUGAUUUUCAAAUAUUACACAGCAGGGUAGCCUUUAUGUAAAGGAAAAAAUAUCAACAUAUUUUCUUACAAAUCAUAUAAUGCUUAAUAACGCAACCCCCCCGUUACACAAGAAGAAUACAUAAUGUGAGAUAAAUAAUUAUUAGAUUCUCAAUUGUGCAGUUCCCAGACAGAUUAUAUCACAUUAUGUGCUUUUAUAAAAACAAUAUUUUAAUUUCAAUACUGAUUUAAACAAUGUGUCAAAAGGUUCUUGUUCAAGACUUGAAGGUUUUUGAUAGAUGGGUAAAUAUGUGUUGUUUCCAGAAGGGUCAAAAUUUUCAUCACAGAGAUCAUAAUUUCACAUUUUCAUAGUUUUUUCCUCAUCAUUGUCAUUACAGCCUGUGCCUUCCUGGUGUCCAAAAAUGAAAAUUAUAAUAAUUAUGAAAUUAAGUUAUAUUGUGCUGUUCCUCUCUGUUGUGGUGGUAUUGUUUUAUAUCUGUGUUCUUAUACUUAGGUGACAUCGUACUACAUAUUUUCCAGGUAUGGUAUACGUGUUGGAAUAUUGUCCCUCUCUUGUUUCAGAUGAUGACAACUCAGAAGAAGGACUCACCACUAUCCAUUCAGGAAGACACGAGUAUGCAUUCAGCCUUGAGCUUCCACAGACGUGAGUAUCUCCUCUUUACCUAUCAAAAGACAGAUUAAGGACAAAUAUAUAUAUAUAUAUAUAUAUAUGUAUGUAUGUAUGUAUGUAUGUAUGUAUGUAUGUAUGUAUGUAUGUAUGUAUGUAUGUAUGUAUGUGUGUAUGUGUGUAUGUGUAUGUGUAUGUGUAUGUGUAUGUGUAUGUGUAUAUAUAUAUAUAUGUGUGUGUCUGUCCUUAGUUGAAGAUUGAAAUAGCUGCUGGCUUUAUGUUCUCCUGAAAUGACCUGUUUUUUCCCCCCUUGUCUCUCUCUGUCCCCUCUCUUAUCCCUCUCAGACCUCUGGCUACCUCGUUCGAAGGGAAACAUGGCAGUGUGCGCUACUGGGUGAAGGCGGAGCUACACAGGCCAUGGCUUCUGCCCAUGAAGACCAAGAAAGAAUUCACCGUCUUCGAACACAUCGACAUCAACACUCCCUUACUGCUGGUGAGCUUAAGGAUCUUUCUCUUGUCCAGUUUUCUGUAUGUUUGUGCGUUGUGUAUGUGUAGUAGGACCAUAGGCACUUCCUUGGUUACCCCUAAUCUCUUCAGGGUCUUUGAAUUGUUCAAUGGUUCAGUUGGCAGCGGCGAUCGAGUUACAUUGGCAGCCAAGAGAGUGACUUAAAAGGCAGAAGUGUGACUCAUUUCUAGCCACAAUUGUUGUCCAAAUAUAGAAAGAAUUAGCCAGUGCCAGCACUCAGGCCCCUUGCUUUUCAUUCGUUGUAAUUUGAUUUGGUGUAGUGGGCUGCCAGUGCCUAUGUUAUUGUGGUCGCAGAAUGUGUUGUACCAGCUGACCCCAUACCCAAAGCACAGAGGACACCCGUGGACAUUAGUUGUGGAAAACACGGUUUCCCCAUACCUAACAGAGAUUAUUUCCUGAUCGGUUGGUAUAGUAGAGAAAUUAAUACACACAGCACAUGGUUAAAAUGAAGUGUUGAUUUGUGUGUGUGUGAAAUGACUGUUGAGGGGGAAAGUAUUUUAAAUAUUGUUUGAUAGUCUGUGACAGCCACUUUGUAUAGUGAUGUGCUCUGCUGUCUAAACAUGUCUUCCGGGUAUAUGGAAAGAGAUACCGGUAUUUCCCUGUAUUUGAAUGACGGGCCUUAGGCGCUGUAUGUCAUCAUGUUAGCUGCACAAGGUGCAGUUUCUGUCAGGGGGCCAAGAACAGGUAUUCCCCCCCCCCCCCUAGGGAUGAUUGGGUAGAGGAAUAAGGAAUUUUCCAAACACUUACAUUUUCUUGUUUUCGCUCUCUGUUUCACAGUCGCCCCAGGCAGGCACGAAAGACAAGACUUUAUGCUGCUGGUUCUGCACCUCAGGUCCAAUCUCCUUAAGUGCCAAAAUCGAAAGGAAGGGUUAUACCCCAGGUAAGAAGAACACCCCGACUCUGUCACUCUUAUUGAUUAGUAAUUUGGCACUCUUGUAGAUUAAUGACUAUAGAUGACUGCCGUAUUAUGUUUGAUGAUGCCAUCUCAAUCAAAUUAUCCUUUGACUGAUUUAACUAAACCCCUUCUUUCUUGUCUUUGCAGGAGAGUCUAUUCAGAUCUUCGCCGAGAUCGAGAACUGCUCGUCUCGCAUGGUGGUGCCAAAGGCAGCCAUUUACCAAACACAGACCUUCUACGCCAAAGGGAAAAUGAAGGAGGUCAAACAGCUGGUGGCCAACCUCCGAGGAGAGUCGCUGUCCUCGGGCAAGACGGAGACGUGGAGUGGCAAAAUGCUGAAGAUCCCCCCCAUCUCUCCCUCCAUCUUGGACUGCAGCAUCAUCCGAGUGGAGUAUUCUCUCAUGGUUAGUACAGCUACUGCCCUGGAGAGACCACCUCUUCCUCUUUCUCGCUCUGACAUUUGUAAACCAAUUCAAACCGGUUGAGAGAGAUCUGUAGCUAUCAUCCAUAUAAAUAUGGAGUAUAGUGUGCUGUAAAAUGAGAAUAUGCGUCAUUAUGAUCCACAUUGAUACUAGGCACAUUUGAAUAGGUUUCUAGAAAGCUCUCUACGUUUCCCAUCGAGGCCUGUCACCUAGGCAGUCAUAGCAAAGACUCUCCCAUUAUUAGCUGGUGUUCUCUCCAUACGCAGUUAAGAGGAUCAGUCUAGAAUAUCAGAGGCAACACCUGUCUUAUAGGUGCUAAUGACCUCUUUUUACCCUGUCAUCGGACGGCCCCUUGCCUAAGUCUAACACUGUAGAACACACAGGUUUGUUGUUCAAUGAAGGUGGGCCUACAGUUCUAACCCUCAGUUGUGUGCUGCUUACCCUCUCCAGGUGUACGUAGACAUCCCCGGAGCCAUGAACCUGUCUCUGAACCUGCCACUGGUCAUCGGCACCAUCCCGCUGCACCCCUUCGGCAGCCGCACCUCCAGUGUCAGCAGCCAGUGCAGCAUGACCAUGAGCUGGCUAGGCAUGGCCCUGCCAGAGCGCCCUGAAGCCCCACCAAGCUAUUCAGAGAUCGUGACAGAGGAGCAGAGACAGAGCCAGAGCCUGGAGGUGACCUCAGCCAGGGAUGAGUUUGAGGGACCACUCUUUGCCUAUAUCCAGGAGUUCCGCUUCCAGCCCCCUCCACUCUACUCUGAGGUAUGCAUCAGCACAGCGUACACCCUCGACUAAGACUAAUGCUUUUACACACUGCGGUUAGUGAUCAUAAUAAAGUCUGGUAGCCAAGAGGUCUUGGUCCUUUCAUUAAAGCAGUGUUUCCUCCUCUUCCGCCAGAUUGAUCCCAAUCCUGAUCAAGCCAGCCGGACGGAGGAGCGGAGGCCUGACACUUGUCCAUCACGCUGAAGGAAACACAGAGCCCUGCCCGGAUACGUUUUGGGCAUUUCUAGUCAACUCUGUUUUUGUAUUUUUCCCCGGCGACAGCGUUCGCACUCCACCGUCAACGCCGAGAGAAAAAAAACAAAGCAAACAAAUACCACAGGUGAACAAAGUCCUGCCCCCUCCCACAGAGAAAGGCACAGGAAGUCUGCCUUCCUGUCAGCCUGGCCGGGGGGAAAGGCCAGUCGAACAUCCACCUAACCUGUAGUGGAGACAGCCUUGGUGGAGUGAGUGAUGACACACCAGGGCCAUGUCUGCCUAUGGCUCUUAAUCGCCUGCUUUUUUUCUGUAACCACGGCACACGCGGACAUGGCUUUCACACAGAGCAGAACUAUCAUGUCGAGACCUGAGCAGAAAAAAACAGGAAGAAGAGAUUACAAUAUAACCACCACUGUCUGAAGCGCUCAGCAGCAUUCAACGGAGCAAAGACUAGCCUCCUCCUGCCUCAUUUGUGAUUUUUGCACAUGUUAUUUUUUGCUUGAGUUGUGUGGCUUCAUUUUAAGAAGAAAGCAGUUAUCACUAGUUUUUUUUUUUUUCAGCAUAGUAGCAUGCUGAACUAAAGAGACUGCAGGCUUAACUCCUAGACUCCUUCGCCGCACAACUUCGAACAACGCAGAGAACAUAUUUGGACAAAAACAAUGCACUGACCUUGUUUAAGCUGUUUUAAAAUGUUAUUUUUCCUAAUUACAUUUCCUUAAUGAUUUGCAGACUGGACUUGAAUGCAGCAGCACACUCUCCAUCCGAAAGCUCUUUUUCGAUAUUGCCUCCUCCGUUUGGAUCCAAGUGUGGCAUCCUUUUUUUCUGGUUCUGUACUAUGUUCUGUCCUUUGAUUUAGUUUCAAACUUAGAAUGCCUUUUAAGCCGAGCAUUGUUUGCUUCGUGUUUUAUAUUGUGCUUGUUCUGGAGUGGAGGAGCCGCAGGCUAGUGCUUGCCACUCAAGUAGAGCAUGAAACACAGAUAAUUGUGUGUGUGUGUGAGACGGAAAGAGUGGGACAUAUCAGAAUUCCCACACUCUGUGUCUACAGCCCCUCUACUCACAGCACAGAGGCUUACAUACUGCCUAAAAAAGAAGCACUGUCUCCGGUUGAACUUCUCACUUGCCAAAUGGUUGAAAAUGUUAUGUUUUGUUUAAAUUGCACUGUUUCAAAUAGUACAAAAAAAAAGGUAUAUUACCAAAACAAGAGAGAUGAGGCAUACACAGAGCAGCAAGGUAGUUUUCCAAGAUGAACGACAUUCCCUUUUUGCCAUCGCUGCACUUGCUGACUUCAUUCACCAACUGUUUUAUUUUCCAGACCAGUGAAGCCUGAAAUGCUAGAAUUAUAUAUAUAUAUAUAAAGAAGUAAGAGUACAUGGUAUGAUCUGCUUCAAAUAACGCAGACUCAAACCCAGCCUGGCUAAAUGCUGGGAAAGAAUUGGACAUUGCUAAAGCUCUGCUCGAACUGGCCAGAACAAGUAGUGGUAGGUUGAAAUGAGUAAUACAUUGGUUUUCAAACUCAUUCAACACCUAGACCAGUAAGAGUGGAGAUUUGGCAUCGUCUUAAACAUGAGGCACUUUUUUUGAUAAGGAAAACAUUUUAAAAUUGCAUUGACGGUGAAGGUCUGGAAAAAGUUGGGUAACCACAUCAUUUCCUGAUGAGACAUUUAGUCAAGCAGUGUUGAGUUGGACAUAAAUGCAUUAUUUCAUCUAAGACGUUUUUUGAAAGUUUACAGUUAUAAUUAGUCGACAAGUUUGUAUGUGUGUGUGUGCUCUGUUUAGAUCUAGCUAGCAACUAUAAUAAUACUGCUUACAGUGACAGACAAACUACGAAUUAAAGUGAUCUUCUCUAAGUGGCCUUGACACAGAACUGACCUAAUUAUGAUGCUUCAUUAUCGAGUGUCGAUAUAAUUUACAACCUUACACUUUUUGCUAUUUUCUUUUCUUUGUCUGUCUGUAUGUGUGAUUUAGUCCUUUCAUGCUUUUCAAAGGGACAAAAAGGGAAGAAAGUGUUUUAAAAAAUGACGAUCCCCCGGACAAGCCUCUUUGUGUGUUUUUCUGAAUGCGUUUUAGUGAUGACUGGGCUAGAUUAUGUACUUGGGCAUUGAUGGUUUGUUAUCCAGUCAGACAACCCCGUUUAGUUAACUUCUACUCACCUUUCAGCUUCAGGGAACAGCUGUGGAUCAGCAACCCUCCCUUCCCACUGAGAACGAAUUAGCUUACAAAUGGAAUAGACCGCUAUUCUAAGAUAAAAUCACUUUUGUUUUGUUUCGAUUUUAUGUGGGGAAUAUGUAUCAAGCUAAAAGAAGGAAAAUGAAUAAGCUUAAAUCUGUUUCAGGUUGGUCAAUUCUAUAGUCCAUUGUUCGGGCCUCAGUGUAGUCCAGUGUUAAAAGCUAAAUUCCUGACUUACUGAAGUGAGGAAUCAAGCCGUUAGAAAUGGGAGAAUGGAUCUGAAAUGUUUUAGAAACAAAGUGCAAUAUUACUCAUUUGAAUUAGUUUUCUUCACUAUUUGUAUGUCUAGUUUCUCCUUUGUCUUUUAUAGUUUCUUAAUCACGAUCAUAUAUAGAUAUUGUAUGAAUGUCCUGAAUGAUUGUAACCUUUUGUCUAGUAUUUCUUUUGAGUUUAAUAAACUUUUGUUCAAAAUUGUACAUUGUCGUGGGAAUCAGUCAUUUCUUUCUUCUUGAUGAGACCUAAUUAAACUUCAGCAUAUGGAUUAAAAAAAAUCUGAUAACUUAAAUCAGGUAGGUUGUCUGAAAUCUAUGUAGUUAGGCUCAACCAACCAUAGAGGAUAUAAAGAUCAAGGGCUCAACAUCAGUACAGCAGUCCCACAUUUAGAAAGAAAGCAAGGCGUCACUACACACACAGCCCAAGCUUCCAUAACUAGUGCAACAGCGCCCCUGCUUGUUGUUCCUAAAACAUACACUUCACUCCACUGCAUCCACUAUUCCAAUUUUAUGAGCCUGACACAAGACGUGGGGCUCGAUUCAAUCCGUUUUGUUGAAGUUCAGCGCUAUAGCGCAAUUGAAAUUAAAGGUAAUUUCCGAAUUGAGCUGACAUAUGCAACGUUUACCGCGAAUGCGGUCUCUGCUAAUGCGGGAACGUUGCCUUUAAAUUUCUAU